AAAAAUUAAUUACUGUCAGCUUGCUUGUGCUUCAUGUCAUAUACAAGAGGGUGCCAAAUUAUAGGCAUGUACCUAAGACACUUCUUUCUCCACACACGACCCAAAAUGAAAGUUUUAGCAAUUGAAAGUUUCUUUCUGGGGCUAGUUCUUCUAUGCAUGAUCAUAUGGAGAAUACUGUCAACCAGCCACAAAAGAAACAAAACCUUACUACCACCUGAACCCUCUGGCGCAUGGCCUUUGAUAGGACAUUUGAGGAUUCUCAAUAGUCAAAUUCCCCUUUUCCGAACUCUUGGAGACCUGGCUGAUAAGCAUGGACCAGUUUUUUCAAUAAGGCUUGGCAUGAGACGCACGCUUGUUAUUAGUAGCUGGGAAUCUGUGAAGGAAUGCUUCAAAACCAAUGACCGAAAAUUCCUAAAUCGUCCGAGUGUUGCUGCUUCAAAAUACAUGGGUUAUGAUGAUGCCUUCUUCGGAUUCCAUCCGUAUGGAGAAUACUGGCUUGAGAUGCGAAAGAUCGCAACGCAAGAGCUUCUGUCGAACAGCAGGCUUGAGCUGCUCAAGCAUGUGAGAGUUUCGGAAAUAGAAACAUGCAUCAAGGAAUUGCAUACAACUUGUAGCAAUGGUUCCGUGUUGCUGGACAUGAGUCAAUGGUUUUCCUGUAUAGUUGCGAAUGUGAUGUUUCGACUAAUUGCGGGGAAGAGAUAUUGUGGUGGUACUGGCAAAGAUUCAGGAGCUUGUGGAAGAUUAAUCAAAGAGUUCUUUUACUUGAGUGGGGUAUUAGUAACGUCUGAUUUGAUUCCCUUUACUGAAUGGAUGGAUUUUCAAGGACAUUUGAAAUCUAUGAAGCGUGUUGCCAAGGAGUUGGACGAUGUUGUUAGUGGUUGGCUUGUAGAACAUCUUCAGCGUAGGGAAUGUUGGUGGGAGAAACCACUUCUUGCAAACUUCUGGUUGGGCAGCGGUUCAGCAAAUAUACUGCACAUGAUACAGCUUCAGCCCAGUAUUGCUUGGGCAGCUUCUUUGCUUUGA